AGCGUGUCCGUUACGUCAUCAUUUCGCGUCAGGUACACUGACAGUGAUGUUGUUAUCUCGAAUAUUUCCCAGGCUAAACAAAUGUCAGCAGGGCCUCCAGCAGUGAAUGAGGUCUAGAAUUGUCACAGAUCAAUCCUCCGUGUGGAGCUGAGAUGGGCCAGCAGCUUUCUGGCCAGGCAGUGAGCAGACUGCCUGAGAAACUGAUCAAACAUGUGGGGUUAGUGCGUGAUAGCGGCUACCUCACAUAUGACGAGUUCCUGGGUCGUGUGGCAGAACUCAAUGAUGUAACUGCUAAACUAGCCUCCAACCAAAAGAAACAUCUUCUGUUUGAAGUGCAGCCUGGAUCUGAUUCAACGGCUUUAUGGAAGGUUGCUGUGAAAAUAGUGUGCACCAAGAUUAACAAAGAGGAUGGAAUGGUAGAGGCCUCCCGCAUUAUGAACCUGUACCAGUUUAUCCAGCUCUACAAAGACAUCACCAGUCAGGCAGCUGAAGUCUUUGGGUUUGAGGUGGGCGCAGAGGGAUCCUCUGGACAGCUCUCGUCAGAAGAUACCUGCCAGGCUAGCAUGUGGAUGGGCAGGGUCAAACAGUUGACUGAUGAAGAAGAAUGCUGUAUCUGUAUGGAUGGGAAAGCAGAUCUUAUUCUACCCUGUGCACACAGCUUUUGUCAGAAAUGUAUUGACAAGUGGAGCGGUCAGAGCCGCAACUGCCCCAUCUGCCGUAUUCAGGUAACUGCCGCUAAUGAAUCAUGGGUCAUGUCAGAUGCUCCCACGGAGGAAGAUGUAACUGGUUACAUUCUCAAUCUUGCGGAUGAAGCUGGCCACCCACACAGACCUUAAAUUGAAGCACUGCGCCACUCUCAUGCUCACUCUCUACCCAUGGCAGAUUAAAUAACCUGUAAACAGUUAUUUCAUAGGAUGACUAUGGGACUGAGUAUUUGUUGCACUAUAUAGUGUCGCUCACUGGAGGCAAUAACUGCUGAAUUUUUUAUUUUUAUUUUUUUUUUUAAAAGCACUUUUAGGUUAAUGCAUCACAUUCUGCCACCUAAUCAGUUCACAGACUGUGAACAUGCAUACUGUUGAUAAAUGCUAGAUAACAUGAAGCAACAGAACAUCAUUGCCUUUAAUUGUUUUUCAGCUCAUGGCACUUGCUGUUUUAUCUUGUUUGUGAAGUAAUUGCACUUAAUUGUGUUUGUUUCGUAGAGGCCUUGUACAGUAAUACCUGAAGAAAAUGUUUCAGCAUUAGUAUGUAUUGAAACUAUAAUUUAGUAAAAAAUUAUAUGGAAAAAUAACUACAGUUUAUUUGCAUUUAUAAUAUAAAAUAAGGGUUCCUGGAAUUCCUAGUGAUAUAUUUGGCAUGAACUCUUUACUGCUCUGUAAGUUGGACCAAAUGUUAAUUUUGGGGCAUGGCUGAGUCAUAUAACACUCAUAAUGACAUAAUUAGGUCUUUUCAUGCGAAUUAGCAUUUUAUUCUACACGGCAUCACUGACACUUUCAGUGGAGGUUAGUUACCUUUUAAUUGUUUUUCCAGUUUGAUGUCCUAAAAUCUAGAAUAUUCCUUUUACACUUCUGUGAGUGUGAGACAGACUGUGAAUCUUGUAUCAUUAAAUACAUGUAAUAUAUAGUUAAAUUUCUCUAUAAAAAAUUCAAAGUAUUUCAGUUUAUUAAGAUUUAAUGGUGUUCAUUAACAUUGAAUCUAUUUUUUAAAAUUGUAUUUCUGUAAUAAUUUCAGAUACAGUAUAUAUUGAUGAAGCGACUGAAUGUUAAGUUUUAUCAGAGAACAAAUGACACUAGUUGCUGUUUCCUCUGUGAUGGUGUGUUGAAGGACAGCUGUUGGAUGUAUAGAUUGGAUUGGAGUGUUCAGUGUUCUUAGUUCCAUCUGGCUUGUGUAAAUCUCAGAUAAUAAAGUGAAUUGAAUAAU